GUUAUGUCUUUAUUGUUAUUAUGUUCUCAUAAUAUAAAUAUACAAUAAAAAUUAAACAAAGUUUUAAUUAUACAAAGUUGGGCUUAUCUUAUGAGAUUUGCCAACGAUGACUACUAGAGGAAAGUCGGCAACUACUAGAAUCGAGGUGGAAAUUGAGAAAAACCGAGAAGAUGGCAACUGGCUGAAAGUUAUUGAACUAGCCCAGCAAUUGAAGGAAAAAUCUCCAGACUUUGUUUGCUUAUCAGAUUUUUUAAUCGGAGAAGGAAAACUUGAAAACUUCCUAGAAGAUCAUCCGCCCAUAGAUCAAAAUAUUAAUAAAGCGAAGAUGGGUUUAAUUGAGGCUAAGAGAUAUCUUAACAUGGUUAUAACAGAAGCAGGAGUAAAGGCUGGAGUAGCAAUGGAUGCUCAUUUACUCUUGGGUAAAUUACAUUAUGCCUGUGGCCAGUAUGGAGAUGCUCUUCAAAACUAUAAAUUGGCAGAUUUGCAAAAUUUAUCUGAGAAAAAAUUGCCUCUGUUCAUACCAGAUCUAUUCAGUUCAGGUAGCUUGCAGGUUCAGCCCAUAAUAAAUGAAAAAAGGCGAAGUUUAAAAAUAGUUGCGGAAUCAUAUGCAAUAAAAGGCCUCUGCUUACAAAAGGAUACAUCGGCUUCAAGCAAGUUUAAGAAAGCGGAGAAACAGGAAGAAAUGGCCAGAUGUUUUGACUUAGCCUCCGAUUUGGGCCUAUUGUAUAUGCAGAACUUGGAUAAGGAAAUAAAUUCUACAUCAAUGACUGGCUCAGGAAAUACAGGUAGUCAUUCUCCUUUACCACCUGGUCACCAAAAAGCAUUAGGUGAAGUUCUGGAACAGGCUCUUCAAGCGGCUCCAGUGGUGCUUUUGCAGCAUGGAAAGGCAGAUCUUGCACUUGAAAGAUAUAGAAAUACUUUGUGUGCAAUAGAGGCUCACGGUAUAAAUAGCAUACGUCUGAAAUUUAUGACCCAACUCGCCGAGUUAUUGCUUCAAGGGCUUGUUGGAGACAAAUAUCAACCUCCGAUAAAUGUUUCAGCUAAAUCAUCCUAUUGGAGACCGAAAUAUUAUGCAUCACUUAAUCAGUUUAUUCCACGAUGUGACUACGAAGAGGUGAUCCUAGUGUUGCUGAUUGCAGAGUCAAUGGCUGUGAAAAAUGCGGUGCUCUCCCAAAGUCCGGAAUUCAAAGAUAUUAGAUUAAGUGCUGGACAGGACGCUACCACUGUAUACGAUUUGCUCACUAUUGCUACCGUUCGGUGGGGACAAAUCGCUUUAUUACAAGAGUCAUUAGAAAGAUCAAUGAAGUUCUCUUUCGAAGAUCCCCACCUCUGGCGACAGCAGGCUCUUACUCUAAUCUCAAUAGGGAACUAUGAGCACGCCUUAUCGGUAUUACGGGAAGUUAUUCGUUUAGAAAGUGAUAAUGCCAGCAAUUGCUUGCUGGCAGCUAAACUUUGUUAUGAACAUCUUAAUCGGCUUGAUGAAGGUAUUGAAUUUAGUCAGCAAGCACGUGAAAUGGAAAUUAAGAAUCCUUGUGGGCUUUUAAGUAGAUGCCAUUUAUAUGCGGGUAUUGGGUAUUAUUUGCGAGCAGAAUCAAGUUUGUUGAAGAAAGAACAAGAUACCCUUAGAUGUAAAGCUUUGGAUAAUCUAAAAAGCGCUGUAGAACUCGAGCCAAAUGAUCACCUCGCCAGAUACUUUCUGGGCCUUCAGCUGGCUAUCUUGGGACAAAUAUCAGAAGCUCAACGGCAUAUAAGAGUCAGCCUGGAUUUGCGACCAGAACAUUCUUCGACUCUACAUUUGUUGGCUCUAAUUCUCACAGCUGAACGUCAAUUUAAAUUGGCUCUGUCAAUUGUCGAAGAUGCCUUAGAGGAAUACCCAGACUGUUUAAAUUUGAUGUAUGUAAAGGCCCAUUUGGAGUUGCAUGAGAAAGGUGGAGAGGUAGCAUUAGUAACAGCCAAGCAAAUGUUGGAAUUAUGGAAAAGUUUGUAUGAGGGACAGACUAUCUCCGACAUGCCCGAGUGUGACAGAAAAAGUGACACCAGAUCUGUUUUCCAAUUGUAUACAUCUGAAAUGUCGGACAAAGACUCAAGCUCUCUUCAACUUCAUAACAUUGCGGCAACCAGGGUGGAACAGGCAUUAAGCGAGGUUGCCAGUUCUCUAAGUAGUUUCAGUCCACGCCCAGGUCCCCAAAGGGCGUGGAUGUUGCAAGUAGAGGUGUGGCUUCUGUUAGCAGAGUUGUAUUUGGCAUUGGGUCAAGUGACAGACGUGCAGCAAUGUAUACAAGAAGCGAUGCAUAUUUAUCCUUUGAGUCAUCACAUUAUGCAUAUGAAAGGACUGCUACAUAUGCAUAAAGAAGAAUGGACCGAUGCCCAAACUUGUUUUCAAAACGCAGUUGCAAUAAAUCCACUUCACGUAAAAUCGUUGCAACAAUUGGGGCUGGUUUAUCACUAUUUGGGAUUACAAGGAUUAGCUGAGACUACUUUAAGGGAAGCAGCCAAAAUUGAGCCUCAUAACACCGUUACUUGGUAUAACUUAGGAAAAGUGUUAGAAGCUUUAGGAGAAUACGAAAAGGCUAGCAGCGCUAUGGCCACCUCCCUAAUGGAGGAAAAAAAUAACCCUAUUCUUCCAUUUAAUUCCGUGCCAUUGUGUUUUGAAUAAAACUUCUAGUCAAUGUAUUAUCCUAAAGGAUAAGAAAUGAUACGGAUCAGUAUAUGCACUCGUUAGAAAAUGUACCGAUAUUAAGUUUUUGGAGUCUUCUAAAAUUUCUAUAUUUAAAUAUACAUUUAAGAAUAUUAAUUGUAUUAACCAUUCGUAUCCCAAUACUAGUAACUACUUGUUAGUUUAUUGUUAAGCCGAAUGCGUCACAUUAAAUCAUAUGUGUAAUUUAACAAAUAAUAAUUUAUUCUACAUUGGUGAUAGUACUUUUAUGAAUCCCUUUUUGUUACCUGUAUAUAUUUUGUUUUCUGUCAUGUAUAUUUUGUUUAUCAUUUUUGAAACUAAAUGUGUCAUUUUAUCGUUAAUAAAAAUCUUUCAUGUUAAA